AUGGGUUUUGAUAACACAACCUCCGUAUAUGUUGCAGCUGGAAAGAUUUAUAAAGAACAAAAGUACAUGGCACCACUUAAACAGAUGUUUCCACGACUACAAACCAAGAAUACAUUGGCAACACCAGAAGAGCUUGCUCAAUUUAUGGGACAUUCGACUAGGUUGGCUGCACUUGAUUAUACUGUUUGCCUGCAUAGUGAAGUAUUUGUUACAACCCAGGGUGGAAAUUUUCCCCACUUCUUGAUGGGUCACAGACGCUAUAUUUAUGGUGGGCAUGCAAAGACAAUAAAACCUGACAAGAGAAAAUUGGCUUUAUUAUUUGAUAAUCCGAAUAUAAGGUACAACUUUGGCCAUUUCCCGGUCAUGCAUGAAUUAGGGAAGGCUUGGGCUAGCUCAAUCAAGAGGGUUGACCAGAUGGAAGAUAGUGCAAUAGUUCGAGGUAGAGGCAGACCUAGGAAAACUAUAGAGAUUUACAGCCAACCUUGUGGGAAAGGGCUUAUAAGUGCUGAUAGAAACCAAACUGCUAGUGGCUAUAUUGUUGAGAAUUGUCUAGAGAAAUGGGAAUUAUUCAAGCAGCAAAUGAAAGACAUGCUUCGUCAUAGUGAUCAAAAGGGAACCGAGUUAAAAAAGGCUUCUGGAUCUCUAUAUACUUUUCCCAUGCCAGAUUGCAUGUGUAAACACGUGGACUGCGCAAAAUAUAGGACACAGAGUUGCUUAUCACGAAACUUAUCUUCUAUCAACUUGGCAAGACUUGUCACCUGUGAUAAAGCGUGCUGUUGCAAGACAUCGAGUUCACGCCACAUCAUCCUUCAACCUAAAGAUGAAACAGUUUAA